GCCGCGGGGCCCCGGGGCCGCUGGGCUGAGCCGGGGAGCAGGUGAGUUGCCCCCGAAGCCCCUUUUCAACUCACGUCUUGCGAGUGCGCCCUAGCUUCGGCCGGAGCCCGGCAGGCAGCGCUGGGCUGGCCGGGUCCCUGGGCCCUUCCCCGCUGCGCCCCCGCUGGAGUCCCCGUCUCAUGCCGGCCGGAGCAAGCGGGAGCCGCGGUUGCCUGAGGAAUCAGCAGCAGGAAACGUGGGAAAAGGAGGAAGCAGUCGAAGGGGCUGCGAUGGAGGAGCCGCUCUGCUGCUGCGAGUACAUUGACCGGAGCGGGGAAAAGAACCAUCUAGUGGCCUGUUGCUGUGACUGCGAGGACCUCGAUGAGGGCUGUGAAAGGUGGCUGACGUGCAGAUCUUUGCCCCCAGGGACUUUAGAGAGAAUUGCAGACACCAUCUUGGAUCGCUUCCGCAUCCCAUGGCUUAAGGGGGCCAUAAAGAUCAAUAUCACCCUGCUCCCGCCACUCGUCCUGCUGCCAGUCUUCCUCCACGUAGCAGCUCUGCACUUCCUGUUGGCACUUGUUAUCCUGACAUCCCUUCCUGUGGUGGUGCUGUGGUACUACUACCUCACACACAGGAGGAAGGGACGGACUCUCUUCUUUUUGAGCCUGGGGCUGUUCUCUCUGGGAUACAUGUAUUAUGUGUUCCUCUGGGAAGUGGUUCCGCGAGGCCAUGUGGGGUACAUUCAGGUGGUUAUUCUCACCUGUGGGCUAAUUCUCAUGCUUGUGGCCCUCUCUCAAGCCAAGAGAGACCCUGGCUACCUUGCCAGCCAAAUGAGCAAUGACAAAUCACCAUGCCAAGGCAGCAAUGGCUUGCCAAACAGGAAAGUCCUGGGGAGCUCCAAUGGGCUUCACGGAGCGGCUGUGUCUGGCAUUGCCAGCUGUCAUGCUAAGAACGAUGAUGCCAAGGGCUAUUCCAGAAUGUUGGCCGAGGGACUAGACAGAGCAAAGGAGGACUGGUGCACCAAAUGUCAGCUGAUUAGGCCACCCCGGGCUGGACAUUGCCGGUUGUGUGGCAUAUGUGUAAGGAGACUGGACCAUCACUGUGUCUGGAUUAACAGCUGCGUAGGGGAGCGGAACCACCGAGCCUUUAUCCUUGCGCUGUCACUCUUCCUGCUCACCUCCGUUUAUGGAAUUACACUGACCCUGGACACCAUCUGUAGGGGCCAAAAUAUGUUCAUAGCGCUGUUCUACUGCCCAGGGACCUAUGCAGACUACAGCUCUGCUCUGUCAUUCACGUGUGUGUGGUACUGUGCCAUUGUCACGGCCGGGAUGGGCUACAUCCUUCUCAUCCAGCUAUUGAACAUCAGCUACAACGUGACUGAGAGGGAAGCUCGGCUGGCUCUGCGGGAGGACGCCGGGCGCAGGCUGCUGGGCGGGAUUGUGGUAGACACGGGCAAGUGUACAGGAAGCCCCGGUUAUAACUGGGGCCAGUUCUUGACCCUGGGGUCACCCACUCCUCGGUGCUCUGCUGAAGACAUUGUGUGAACCCCUUUUCCCACUGAUCGCAGUGAUGUUCUGUGGUAGUGAAUGGCUCCUUCCACAGGGAUCCCACUGCCAUUCCCUACUGACUUGGAGGCUGGGCCCAUCUCAUCAUUGGUGUCUUAAGAGGCAUUAAAGUAGAGAGAGCUCUCGUACACCAGAGGUCAAAAGUAGGGUGCAGAAUGAAUUAAGCCAUAUGCACCAACCUGGAGGGACAAAAUCACACUCCUCCCCCACCUGCCUCCACACAGAGAAAUUUAUGCAUAAUUCACCAAGAUUAACAACAGCACAAGACUUUGAGAAUGUGGGUACUCAACGUCUGGAUUUCAGAGCCAAGGUAAUCAAAUGCCAGGCUUCAGGCCUCAGCUGGACACUGCAGGGGUCAGGACAGACUCCCUUCUCUUACCCACAUGCGGCAUUUCGCAAAUGAUGUGAUGCCUUGUGCUGAUGAGGCGAAGGAUGUGUACCACGAGCAAGCCAUUCCAAGAGACAGGAUCGCAAUCAUAAUGGACCAAGGGGAAGAUAUUUAAAAGGGGCUUUGUCUCAUGGUGGCUUCAAGAACCAACUAAGACCUCUCUUCUGUCUUGUGGGCAUAUUUUUCAAUCUUUCAUUCCAUCCCAGCCAUAAAGCUGCAUCAGCUGUUAGUGCUUCUCUUAAGUGCCUUUGUGAGCAGUACAUCUAUAGGGCUGUUUGAGGUCCUGUCCUUGCUUAGCUUAGCGCCCCCUCCCCUCCACGGGGCUAUUCCAUCUAUGUGUGAGAGGGGAGGACUGGUCCCUUCUCUAUGUGCCAGUGAUUUCUUCCCUUUGCUUCUCUGAGUUGAUCCAAGGGCUUGACUCCCUUGAAAUAUUUUUGUUCCAUUAGCAAUUGCUAGCACCACACAGCUGGUAAACAUUUUCCAAGUAAGAAAGCUGUAAGUUCCCAAGUAGCUGUUACUCAUUCUGGGGCAGUGGCCCAGGUGGGAUGUAAAUAGACCCUUGUCUGAGGCUGCUACUGGCUUGUGAUUUCCCCCUCCCUGUGAUGAGAGAGGAAUAAUAGUACUCCUGAAGUACAGCUGCCCAGAUCCCCUUUUCCCCCAAUCACUGAGAAUGUGCUCUACCCCCAGUAGACAUGUUUCUCAAAGGAACUGGAAAGGCAAGAUUCAACUCAGAGGCCUGGGGAUGAGGGGAGGGUUUGUUGGGCCUCACAGAAGACUGCUGAAUGAAAAUGUUGGUUCCAGUGUUGUAUAGUCAGGAUAUUAGAGACAAGGUGAGUUAGGUAAUAUCUUGUAUUGGAUCAUCUCUUUGGUGAGAGAGACAAGCUUUCAAGCUCAUGUGACCUGAAGAAGAGCUCUGUAAACUCAAAAAACCCAUGUCUUUCACCAACAGAAGUUGAUCCAAUGAAAAAUAUUACCUCCCCCACUGCAUCUCGCAAAUGAAACUGUUGGCGGGGGUUACAGUGGGGUUACUAGAAGCCUGUGAGGACUGAGUGCACCUGCCUCUCAACCGCACAUACGUGGGCUCCACUUUUAGCUGAAAUCACAAGUGAUGUCAUUUGGCAGAUCGUAUCCCAAGCCCUGGUUGUAAACACCACUGUAAUUUGAUAUGCCUGGCUAGAUAAGCCCUGGGCUCGGUCGGAGAGCGCUGGAGGAUUGUAGAUCCGGACUGAGAUGCACAGGCAGAGCUGGGAGGAAUCUCACUCUAAUUAUUGUGUGUCUACUCCACAAACACAACAGUCAGGGAGUAGCACCCUUGGUGGCAGACAGACCAAGGACUGAUUGGAGACUUGAACUCCCCUCUCCUUGCUUAGAGGUCAUCUCUUUAGGGCAGGCUUGAUAAAGCGUAUUACCAAAGGGGGUGUGUGGGGCGGGGAGGAGAGAUAGCAGCAGGGCAAGCUUCCCCUCCCCAUCUCUCUCUCUACAUUCAGCCCCCAGUCUGCUGGUCUGGCAUCUUUCACCAUCACCGUACCCACUCAUGAUACAAUGCCCAAGUUCACGUUGAUAUGCCCCUCUUUGCACUGUUCUGUUGCUUGCUAAAGUGGUAUAUGCAACUUCUGUGCCCCAGAGCAUAAUUAAUGAGCCUUAAGAAAGGCUGUGCUUGGAGCCCAGUGCCAUGGAAAGAGCUGCUGACUUGUGCAGUCCCCUCUUUGUGAUCACUUUAAAAGGGAGAAACCUCAGUCUCCAGUCAGAGGGAAGGAAAGAAGAAAAUCAAGAGAUGUGGAGACCUCUAGCCCUUUAUUAUCCCCAUUUCAAUGAGAAAGCAGUCUCAUGGAUCACAAUAAUCAUGCCAGUGGACGAGCUUGAUGAUCUGACUUCUCUUGGGACUGGAGUUAUGCUCAUGUCAAGAGCUUGCUCAAUGCUACUUAACUGCAGAUGUGUCUGUAGCAGAAAAACAUUUAGAGGGGCUGUGGGAGCCUAGAUGGAGGGGUUCUGCGUCAUGCAGUGAUCUCUCACAAACCUGUCCUGUUGGGAACUUGGAAAGGUUGAGCUAAUGUUGCCUUCUGGGCAGAAAAAAGCCACCAGAGGUGUAGAGCCCAGAACUAGGAACCAGGACCUUGAGCAAGUCACCUAACCUCUCCAUGCUUCAGUUAACCCCUCUGUGAAAUGGGAAUAAAACUCUGAACUUGUGUGUGUGUGUACCAGUGCCAUCUAAUGGGUGGAACUGGAGCUGCUCAACUGCAGGGGGCCCAACCAGAGCUUUAAGUGGUUAGAGGCUUGUGUUUUUGCAGCAGGAGGAUCUGAAUUCUAAUCCUACUGCAUGGGAAGUUCUAAGUGGCCAUAGAAUGCACUCCGGUGGCAAAUGCACUGUCUUAAAUGGCCACCUUCUUGUUUACAGUCCUAGUCUUCCUCAGAGAGGAUUACCUCAUGAACGUCUUUGGAGAGGGAAAGCACAACGUUCACUUUUUGCUCUGUGUUUGUACAGUGCCUAGCACAAUGGGGUUCUGGUCUAUGACUGGGGCUCCUAGGCACUAUAGUAAUAAAAUACUAAUAGCAGGAAGUAUUACCAUGAAAAGGACAGAACAGCAUGAGCUUCAGAUUUACUCUGGUUUGGGGUUUGGAGUUUCCUUUGAGUACCCACAGUGCAGCAGAAAGUCCAAGAAGGGCAAUGCCCCCAUUUUUCAUUUCUAUUGAGCAUGGAUUAUCUCACAUUCUUUGCUUUAACCAUGUCUCACUGAACUAAGGGUGGGCAAACUUGCUGCAAAAUGUUAAAAUCCACCACACUAGUGGACAUGAAGAGAGUGUCUUGGGGCUGUGAAAAAGGGACAGAGAUGCAGUUUGUGCAAUAAAGCAAGGCAGGCUGGUGAGGGGUAGUCAUGUGAGUAAUAUGAUAGGGGAGCACGCUGCAUUUGACAGAUGAGCUGCAGGGUGGGCACCCAGCUGGGUCCAACAGAUGCUUAAAUGUAAGCUCCUUGGGGCAGGGAGCAGCCACUUACUUGUCUGUAAAUUGUCAUGCAUACACAUAACAAUGAAGAAAUCAUUACCAUUCUGGCCCUUUAAAGGCUCUCCGGAGCUGCAGAGGAGGAGUGGCUAGAGCUGGUAAAAGAGUGGGGACUCUAGCAAUUUUUUAAAUGGUUUUUCCUGGUUUUCUGCCUCAACAUUUUGAAAUGUAAAAAGAUGUAUCCUGCUCUGGUAGCAUCCUGCUUAGAGACUUUCAGUGCUAUUCAGUGGGAUUCACUUUACAGACCAGGCAGAAUUUUAAAGGGGUAGGACUGUCCUAAUACUACUAGAAUUGCACAGAUACCAGGGUGCUCUUUGGUGAAUUUAGUGAAGGCUGUUGCACAGUUAGAUGCAUGGUAUGCAGGAGCGGCUCCAGGCACCAGCGCUCCAAGCGUGUACCUGGGGCGGCAGGCCGCGGAGGGUGCUCUGCCGGUGCUGGGAGGGCGGCAGGCAGGGUGCCUUCGGUGGCUUGCCUGCCGAGGGUCCGCUCCUGCUUGGGGUGGCAAAAUGUCUAGAGUCGCCCCUGAUGGUCUGAGUGAUAACUUGGCACUCUGCCGUAACUGCCUCUUGUCAAUUUUGCAUUCGUGCUCUGGUAGACGAGUGACUUUUUUUAAAGACCAUUUCCUGUCUCUCACCUUUACCCAAAUGACUCAAGUCACUGCUGCCCAAGAAAUGCCAGAGAUUCCAAUUCUAUUUCAGACUCCAUGCAGUAAUGGUGCUUUUCCCUUCAAAAUAGACUGCUUUCAAGUGUCUUAAAAAAAUCAUGUGCUGUAAAGUUUCUUCUCUAGACAAAUGAAUUCUGCCUGCUGUCUUAAUAAUCACAUGCUCUAUGACCUUCUCUGUAUAAAUGCAUAUUGCCUCAUUAGAGCAGUGUGUGUGUGUGUGAGUGAGAGAGAGAGAGAGAUAGAUUAUGGAUGUAUUUUCCAUAUCUCUACUAUGUUUUCAAUGGAGGCAUCUGCUCCCUAGGACUUUCUUCCACCGCAAGGAUGUCUGUCAAGUGAAAACCCUGCAAGGGACAAGGUGAGAUCCUUCCUGAAAUCAGGAAUCUGACUUCCCAAGAAUUUACAUAAUUAGGGAAAUGGUUUUAAUAGUAAAAUGUAGUAAAAUGAAAAAUACAGGGUCUGAAAGAAGAAUUGUUUCUAACUUGGAUGUGUUUUUCCUACAUGACAGGAGGAACCCUAAAUAAAUGUGAAAUGCUGUAGGUGUGAGCUUUAUUAAAAGGAUUGUGUUGAGUGGCCACUUUGUAACAUGCCCAGUGUUUGCAGAGGGGUGUAGUU